GCCGGGCCGGGCCCUCGGCUGCGGGCGGGCGGGCCCAGCCCAGCCCGGCCCGGCCGGGAGCGCUUCUCCGCUGCCUCCCUCGGUCUUGAUUCCAACCUGUCGUUUUGCGUGUAAAUCACUGGGUUGGGACUCGAGUUCAGAUCAAGAUCAGAUGUGCAUUUCAAAGCCAGUAGCUGUUCUGGAGUGAUCUCAUGUGGUGGUUGGCUUCUGUGGCAGAGGCAGAGCAACGUGUGGCAGGAUGUGUGAAGGGCCAUCCAAGAUUUCUGGACCCAUUCCUCCAGACCCAACCCUCUUUCCAGAGUAUUACAAACGCCCCUCCUCAGCUCGAGGGAGGCUGGAAGGAAAUGCUCAGAAGCUGUAUUUAACCUCUGGCCCCCUGGACUCAGUUCUCAACCCCUACUCUGCUUUGGGCAGUGCCCACCAGGCUCAGCCAGCCCCUCACAUUCGCCCCAGUGGAAGGGAAUUCCUGGAGAAGGGACAGAAAGGGACACUUGGCCUCUUACUGCAGCUCGAAGGGAUCUCCCUCGAUGACAGGAUACCAGCUAAGAGGAAAGAGGCCAAGGACUUUGAGAAGGAAAAUGUGAGGAGGAUAAAGGAGAUUCAGAAGAAGUGCAAGGAGAAGGAGCGAGCCCAGGAGCACAGCCAGCCCAAGCCUGUGAAGGCUCUGUGGAAAUCCCAGAAAUACGAAAAUGUGGAAUCAAAGGUGAAGGCCAAACUGCAGGAGACCUCCCCAUCUCCAAAUCCCGAGGCUGUGAAUUUCCUCAGGGCCUAUUCUCGCUGUGGCUCUGGGAUCAAGCCAUGCAGACCGCUGUCCCCAAGGCCUGUCAGAGCAAAAGCAGGAGCAGACACAGAGGCUCCAGAGGCACAGGGUGCUGAAAACAAGAUGCAGGUGGAGGGCAGGAGCAUUGACUUCAUCAGGCACAACGCCUGCACUGCCAAGCGGGCCCCGCUGCGCCGCUCCCAGUCCCUGCAGGCGCUGGCCGAGCUGCUGCAGCAGAAGCACCGGGAGCAGGAGGAAUACAACACCAAGCAAAAGGGCCACGUCCCCCAGUACCUGCUGGAGAGGAAGGAGCUGUGGCGCCGGCAGAUGGAGGAGCGGCUGCGGAACCUACCGGACCCCGACACGCCGCCCGGUCACACCAUGAUGCCCGAGAGCCAGCGCCUGGACACCCUCGGCAGCCUCAAACAGAGCCAGGAGCAGCUGAUAAAGGACCUGGUUCUGCUGCCAAUGCGUGGAGACAGCCUCAAGAUGCAGAAGAGGCGGAUAGAGCUCGAGAGGAAGCUCUCCCAGAUAGAUGAGGCAAUCAAAAUUUUCUCAAGGCCAAAAGUCUUCAUCAAGUUGGACUCCUGAGCUGGUGGGACCAAGUGUGCUGUGCUGCUCUGCCUGAACAUCUUUUGUUGCUGGGCAGGAAUGGACAUCACUUUUUGGGAGGGAAGGAGAGGAAGCCAAGGUCCAGACUGUGGGCCCAUGCAAGUGCCCAUAACAGUGUCCAAUAUGCAACUGGGAUCUCUUGCUCACCUUUCAGUGCUUAUCUUGUCCACAAGAAAGGGAGGGAGAUGCCCUAAUGAAGGCCCAGUAGGAGCCAUGGGGACUAUGUCAUGCCUGGCUUUUUCUGUCCUUCUGGCUUUUAAGGCAUGUGGUCAUCUUAAAGAGGCCAGCUGUCUGUGCUGCUUGACUUGUCACAGAUUAGCUCUGUGCUUUGGAUCUGUGGCAUCACCACUUACCCUUUUUUCCUACUUCUAGAAACUGGUAGGAGGUCUCUUGUGGUGCUGCCUGUGGUAUUCCUUGUCACCCUCUUUCACCACUCUGAGCUGGAUCAUGGUCAUGGCUCAUCCUGAGCACCUGAGGGCUCAGGGACAGCUUGGGGACAAGAAAGAGGCACAGAGCUUCAGUGUGUUCUGCCCAGGGAAGGGCUGGGCUGUCAGGAGGGUCUGGUCAGAUGUCUGGAGAAGCCAGAUUCUGUGUGGCAGGAGAGACUCCAAUAAAUCAUCAUUUCCAUCUCA